GGAGCCGGAGCCGAAGCCGAAGCCUCAAGUCACUCCUGGGGCCGGACCGCGACGCGAACACACUCCGCGAGAGGGACGUUGGAUAGGGGCCAGCAGAGGGUAGCAGAGUCCUCAUUUAUGUUUUUACUAUUUUAAUCAAUUAAUCAAUUCAUUCAUUUAUAGAAUAAGAAGACCGCCUUUCCAAAAGCGUGGGAUUUCUUAACAUUAAAGUAAAAAUGCAAGUACCAACAUGUGCGUGUAGCAGGGUAAUAAUUUAAUAUUUAAUAUAGGUGAUAUAUUUAGAGAGGAAGGCAGAGCUUGAAGGACUCGCUGUCACAUGGCGCUCAGGCUGGGCUGCAUCUGGAGUAAGCGCCGAAGGGAAACGAACGGAGCACGUCUGCCGAGCCGCUGCGGCGAGACUCCUGCUGUUCAGCCCGACCGGCAGCGUGAAUAGUCGCGUUUUUACACCGAGUCCCGCAGCUGAUGCUUUGAAAGCGCACAGACCGCAGGACAGGCUCCGGGUUUGCCGGGGUAUUCUGUCUCGGAGCCUCCCAGGAGCAUACGAAGCCGCCGGCCUUUGGAGCUACACCGGUACCGCGGUGCCCCCAUGCUCAGCCCGGGGGGCCUGCUGCCCGCCGCCCCGUCCCCGAGGUAGAGGAAGCCCCCCCCUGCCGCCCAUCCCACACCGAGAGCGAUGAUGUUCACGGACAAGAGCUCCAGCACCUCGGUGCCCAAGAAGCCCCCCAAAAAGAAGACGCGGCCGCAGGGGCUCCCAUCGCCGGCGCUGUGCUGCGCGUGUGGCCUCUGCAUCAUGCUGGCGGGCAUCAACAUCACGCUGGUGGGGGCCUUCGCGUUCGGGACGCUGCUGCCCGGCAGCAAUCCCGCCAUCGUCAUCGGGCCUGUGCUGCUGCUGGUGGCCUUCACCUUCUUCGGUGCGUGCUGUGUAUGCAGCCGGCGCCCCCCCGCCCAAGGCUCGCGCAAGCCCAAGGGGGGGGGCGGGGGCCUGGGGCUGACACGGGCGGGCGGUGCCGCCUUCGAGAUUGAGACCAGUGAGCACACUCUGCAGGACACUACCGCCGUCCAGCUCAGCCCCACCAACUCACUGGGCUCGUCCAGAGCCUCCAGCCCCACCCUCGAUGCCCUGGGCCUGGCCGCCGGCCCGGGACUCCCGGAGCUGACCCCGGACCCAAACCUCACCCCCGACCCGCGGGCCUGCAAGCUCUUCACCAUGGAAGGCAACGGCCUCACCUCCGCCUGCUACUCCAGCUCCACGGCCGGGGGGGGCGCCGUCCGGCUCAAUUUGCCAUGUGACCCAGCUGCCACCUAGCAGGGGGGGUGGGGCACUCAGGACCAUGAUGCACCUGGGCCUGUGGACCUGCCAGCUACCCAUGGAAAUCUCUACAAAAAGCUUUUUGUAGCUGCUCUCCACGCCCACCAACCCAGAUGACAUUGCAGGCUGCAGGCCACACCCACACAGCGCCGCGCCCUUUACCGGCCUCCCAAAUGGCCGAGGAGGGGGUGUUUCAGAGCUGUCAGGAAAACAUUGAGACCCCCAGCCGGUGGUCCAUCACCUCCACUGAGAAGAUUCAGCUUUGGAGAAGUGCUACCACUCUGAAGCGGCUUAACAGACCCCAGACCGAACAGACAAACAAGCCAAACAUGAUGCAGAGAUAAGGCCACAACUGUUAAUACAUAGAACAUUAUGCUCCGACUGAACGCGUGACACCUUUCCGAAACUAUGGUUAUGUUUUACAAUCACUGUGUUUGUAGCUAUGUAACAUUUCUACGGUGCAGUACAUGCACAUACCUACUGCUUCCUGGCCUCACUAUAGUGUCAGACAGCUGUGGGCAGGUGAAUGUAAAGUAGCUUCCUCCUAGAGAUGUAUUCUCACUCAGAAUGACAACACGGACAUUAGUAAUCCCUUAAUAAUGAUAAAAAAAGAUGAGGAAGCACCCGUCUGAGGCAGCCAGUGGGCCUGAGGCAGCCAGUGGGCCUGAGGCAGCCAGUGGGCCUGAGGCAGCCAGUGGGCCUCCGUGUUUGUUUUCUGAGUCCAUAUGUGUUGGUUGCAGCACAUUCAUGUCUUGUGGGGCUGUUCUGCCUCAGAUGGUCAUUAUUCAGUUUCAGGGCCUCCCCCCCCCGCCCCCCAGUAAAUAUGGCCCCUAAUAAGACAAUAGACACUGACUGUUGAGAUCCGUAUGUCUUGCAGAGAUGCAGCAUGUUGGCUUGAGUCACCUGAUGCAGUUCUUCUGCAUUUUUGUCUUUACCGAUUGGGUUUAUUAAUCACCAUUUUUCCAUGGAAAAGUCAUUAAUCAUAAAGCCAAACAAGUAACUGCCCUUCGAGUUAAAUAUGUGGUAAUAAGAACUGGCUGCGUGUGUAACACAGCAUCACAGAGAGCAGCUGACAGUGACUCCUGUGAAAUCAGAGGCCAGAUCACAGCCGUGGGAGUCGGCCUGUGGGACCACAGCCUGUGGCUUCACUGGGAGAGUCAGGGCUGGGAAAUCAGCAACACUGAUGAUGCACCAGUACCAUGUAGUUGGUAAGGAGCCCCCCCCCCCAACCCGGCUUCCCAUCUAUCUAUCUCUAAUGAGUCAGUUUUUCCCAAAGGAAGGAAAGAAACAAGUGAGACGAUGCCCAGGAAUGGCUGAGGUGUGUCUGUGCGGAGGGAGGAAGACGCUGAGCGAGAUGCCGCACUCCUGCUGCUGUACAAUGAGCUACAUCUGAUGUAGAUAGAACCUUCUAGCAUGAUGGAAAUGUGUGUUUCGAAAACCAUAUCCUCUUUUCUAUUUUGUGAGGCCGUGUGAGUUUAUCUUGUGCUCAUGUUGUGGUCUGGCUCACAGAUAUUCUCUGUAUUUUUAGUGUUUUUUUGAAUUGAUUGAAAAGCACAGUGAUUGUCAGCAGAUCUAUCUCCUGAUGAUGAGAAGCGCCCAUGUUAGUGGCCAAGGUCGGCAUCCAUGUAGCAUGGUGCGUAAGUGAUAAGAGUGAAUGGUGAGUCCAGAUAAGACGCCCCCUUCAGGCAGCGGGGAUGCAUCUCCAAACAGCAGCUGGCAACUUUCCUGCAACUGGGUCUCACCCUGGACUUUUGAGGGGGCAGCUGCUGAAAUAUCACAUGACCUGUAGCUUCAACCAAUCAUUGAGCUGCAGCCUUAGCCAAUCAUCGGGCUGCCCAGACUUCAGCAGUCUCCCCUUCACUUGCUCUACCCAGUUAACUGUCCCCAUUUGGGGACACAAUGUGCCAAUUGUCUAGGUCCAGUGACUUAAGUGGAUGGUAUUUUUCUCUACAAAAGAACCAUCCAGUAAAAAUAAUGAGAAGAAAAGGCCCAUAAUGUGCUUUAAAUUGCCACCGAAGGCAGCUCUAGGAGGAAAGGGGCAUUUUAAACUAAGGAAGGAGGAAAACCAGCAGGAAGGAGCUGCAGAAACAGCCUUAAGUCUCAGGCUGCGGCUUGAUGUCUGACGCUAACCAGAGCUCCUGCUUCUCACCAGCAUUCGCACAUUUUAAGUGUUUUUUCUAGUGAGAAAUCAUAUUUGGGGGGGGGGGGAAUUGAUUCCUGCAGGGUCUUGGAGAAGUAUUAUUUAAUCUCCUCUCCAAGGUUCUCAGGAUUACUUUAAGUUUGGGUCAAUAGAGGAUUUAAGCUGUAAAAGCCAUAGAUGAUCUACAGUAUCUCAAAACCAAAAGUAAUAAGAAAUUACUGUUUCUGAUUUGACUGAGGCGUUUUAUUGUCCCCAUUGUUGAAAUUCUAGGAGUAAUAAUUUAAAUCAAAUUAGACUCCCCAUAUAGGCUUAAUUAUGUCCUCAAGCUUGCAGUUUCCAGACAAACUUCUGGGUUUAUAUCAUCUUACACAGACAAACUUCUCCCAAACCCCACUGCAGACAUGCCCGAUAAUGGUUAUGCACCUGGGGAGGCGUGACCUGAAGCCGUAGUAUGGGUGUGUGUGGCUUAGCGUGUGCUCAAAAAGCCUGUGUGCACAUGACACCAGCAGGGGGCGCUGAGGGUGUGCUGCUGGCUGGCUGUGCUGUCCUGGAGGUGUUUCCUGUGCCUGUAGCGUCAGCCAAUCACGCAUCUCCCACGCUCACUGUGCCGUUUUAAUUAUUUGCUCAGCUGAACUCUGCUGGGGGCUGGUAAGCUGGGCUGGGCCGAGACGUCUGUUUCUGAAAGAGGCUGGUGCAGUGUGGCGCUCUGGCUGUGUAUGGAAAGUUCCAGUAGCUCGGCCUGGGUCAGAGCACCUGCCAUCUCAGGUAGCGCCCGCGGGCCCCUCACACAGGUGUUCUCGCGCCUUCAGCUGGAGGCCCUUGUCAGAGCGGAGAGCGUGGAGCACUGCAUGAGAAAGCACAAGUUGCUCGGGCUGCGCUCCCACCUUAGCUGGUGAGCUCUCUGCCCCGCACUGGCUAACCCUCACUGCAGGGGUGUACAGGCAACAGCAGUUCACCUCACAACCACAACCUUUUAACUCCACCUGCCUACCCUGUGAUGAUCAGGCCCGCAAAAGCUACCCCCAAUUAGUGUUUUUUACGUUAGAAAAGCAUCUGACCUUUAAAGCUUUUUGACAUCCUACAACUGCACGGAGGAGAACGGGUCCCUGGCGUCUCGGAGGGUGGGGAGGCGACGUACUGACCGAGGUCUCAGGGGAAAUGUCACGAGGGCUACUCAAACCUGUGUGUGUGCGUGUGUAUGUGUGUGUACGUGCGUGUGUGUGCCUGCAUGCACAGACCCCAUGGGGACAGAGGUUACUGUCACAAAUAUUGUGGGGACAUGCCAACAAGACAUUACUUUAAAAAGUGCCAAAACUUUUCAUGUAUAAAUUUUUAAAUUUUGUGGCCCAUUGAUUACCUGACAGUGGGAAGCCUCUGCAAGCUGUUCACAUCUGUGUCUGUCCGUCUGUCCACAAACAGCCAAACUGCCGCCAGUGUAAGCAGCUGUGUUCCUGUUACUAUGGCCCACUGUGUUAUAUAUGUGUUAUAUGAACUGUAUUUCUCUGUCGUUUUAAAAUCCUCUUUGGAUUUCUCAGUUAUAUUUUACUCAUUUGACAGUUUCUAUAGCGGGAGAUGUAAGGAAAAGCACUGGAAAGCUGUGAUUGACUUUUUAUGCUGUGUAACAUGAACUUUGAGCAGUUAUUGUGUAUUAUGUUCCUUGUUGCUUUAAAUGUAUCCAUGUGUGUGUAAGCAGUGUACAGUAUGUGACUACACAAUACCUACCUGUGAUGUGUUGAUAUCGAAACUCAGCUGAGCAAUCAGCGAAAAGGCUCUGUGCUUCAGAAGGUCUCAUGAAUAAAUACAGAGAGAAACGCCACGUGUGA